AUGUUCGAUCAAUUAGCGAUAUUUACUCCUCAAGGUGAAGUGCUAUAUCAAUAUAACCCUUCAGGUAAAAAAUUUGCAGAAACUCAAGUCAAUGCGUUUAUUAAUCAUUUAAUGAACUCUCCAAUUUCCAAGAAGAACGAUGUUCACAGUAAAUUUUCAUUAGUUAAUAUAUCUCCAACGGUGGGUGAUUCUUCUAAUUCUAGUAAACUUAAUUUUUCGUCUAUGUUUUAUAUUUCAAAGCAACCUGAAUUAUAUUAUCUAGUCACUUUCCCUGAGCAAAAAUUAGAUUUGAAAAAUGAAGCUGAGGAAACACUGAAUUUAGCAUUAUCUCUUUGGGAUUCAUUGGGGUUAAACGAUUCUAUUCUUCAAAAUUUAAAGAAUAGAACUGAAACCAAAAAUUGGCAUAAUUAUAUCGAUUUGUUGUACGGUACAGAGAAUGACUUCAAAAAGUUUAAAGAAUAUUUUGUUACUAAAUAUGAGGACUCUAUUGCAGUUAAUGACACUAAAAUAGUUGAAUCUUCUCAAGUUGAUUCUGCUACAGACGGAAAGAAGGUAACUAAUACAAAGAGAAAUAAUGAAGGAAAUGCAAAGAAAAAUAAGAACGGAAAUAAUGGUGGCAGAAAAUGGGGUAGAGGAGGAAAUAUGGAAGAUGGUUCGAAUAUUGAUGCAUCUACUUUAGAUUUUUCAGAGCAUGGUACUCCUGAUAUCAAUGAUGAGCAGUAUGAAAAUAUAUCUCAGAAUAAAGAUGACUUAGGGAAACGAACUGAAAAAGGAGAUUUUUUGGUUAAAGAAAUUGAUGAAUUACUGGCAUCCCAAAAAGAGUUAUCAAAUCAAAAAAAUACAGAGGGUAAACCAAAGGGCUUUAUGGGUUCUGCAUACAGUUAUUUACAAAAGAAUGUGAUUGGUAAUAAAACUAUAACUAAGGAUGAUUUAAAUAUAAUUUUAGAAGAACUAAAGCAGCAAUUGAUUUCAAAAAAUGUUGCACCAGAGGCUGCAGAUUUCUUAGCUCAACAAGUAUCUAGAGAUCUAUUGGGUUCAAAAACCUCAAAUUGGACAAGUGUACAGUCUGCAGCAAACGAUUCAUUGACUAAAGCAUUGACUCAAAUUUUGACACCAGGUAUCUCUGUUGAUUUAUUACACGAAGUUCAAAAGAAAACAUCAACAUUAGAUGCAGACGGUAAGAAACAGCCUUAUAUAUUUUCAGUUGUCGGUGUAAACGGUGUUGGUAAAUCAACAAAUCUUUCUAAGCUAGCAUUUUGGUUAUUGCAAAAUAAUUUCAAAGUUUUAAUUGUUGCCUGUGAUACGUUUAGAUCUGGUGCUGUUGAACAAUUAAGAGUACAUGUAGAAAAUUUAGCUCAGUUGACAGAAGAAUCUCAUGUCCGUGGAUCUAAGAACAAAAGAGGAAAAUCCGGAAAUGAUAGCGUUGAAUUAUUUGAAGCUGGUUAUGGUGGUUCUGAUUUAGUGACAAAAAUUGCUAAACAAGCUAUUAAAUAUGCUAAAGAUAAUUCGUUUGAUAUUGUAUUAAUGGAUACCGCUGGUAGACGACACAAUGAUCCAACACUAAUGUCACCUCUCAAAUCAUUUGCUGAACAAGCAAACCCAGACAAAAUCAUCAUGGUUGGUGAAGCUUUAGUUGGUACUGACUCUGUUCAACAAGCUAAAAAUUUUAAUGACGCAUUUGGUAAAGUGAGAAAUUUAGACUUCUUAUUGAUUUCAAAAUGUGAUACAGUGGGUACAAUGUUGGGUUCUAUGGUUAAUAUGGUUUAUGCAACUGGUAUUCCCAUUUUAUUUGUAGGUGUUGGUCAGACAUAUACAGAUUUAAGAACAUUAAGUGUUAAAUGGGCCGUUGAUACUUUAAUGUCAUGA